GUGUCACGCGCUGCGUCCGACGGUUCCACUGGGUCUUAUACCGUUCAGCCGAAAAAAAAAAUUGCAAACAUUUAACGAUAUUUUUAUUUUCGCUUUUUUAAUCGUUGCCAUUAGAUCAUAUUCGUUAAGGAACGCACGGCGCGGACCAUUAUCGUAGUUCCAUUUUCGCGUGUUCGGUAAACGAAUAUUUCGUUCAUCUACCGCAGUUCCCGGACAUAUUUUUCAGGAUUCAUAAGCAAUCGUAGUCUAAAAACAUAUCGCCAAGCGUCUGCUACCAUGUCCCCGGGAUUCGCGACCACCGGUUUUUCGUUUUUACCGUAUCCCGUCGUCGGUGCUGGACACGACGGAUGCGUCUGCAUGCUGUACCGACAACGGUAAUUAUAACUGUCGUGAGUUGGAUUAACGGCAGCAAACGACGCGGUGCACGUGAUGCGAGGGUCCGUUGUUUUGGCGUUGUUGCUCGCCUGCCGACCGGAGUCCACGGGAUCGUUCAGUUACCACGAAUGCAACACGCCGCUGGGAAUGGAGUCUGGCAAAAUUUUAGACACGGACAUAACGGCCAGCUCGUCCUACGAUUUGGGAACUGUUGGACCGCACAGGGGCCGUCUAAAAUUGGAGAGUAAUGGUGGGGCAUGGUGUCCGAAGGGUGUGGUAUCAAACGAUGGUCGUCAGUAUCUGGAGGUCAACUUGCAAGAUGUACAUGCUGUUACAGCAAUCAAAAGCCAGGGCCGCUAUAACAAUGGGUCUGCCAAGGAAUUUGUCGAGGAGAUGAUGAUAGACUAUUGGAGGCAGGGAUUUAGUAAAUGGGUCAGAUGGAAAGGCAGAGACGGUAAACAGGUUUUGCAAGCCAACAGGGAUACGAACACAAUAGUGGAAAGGCCUCUUGUACCCGUUAUCGUCGCAUCGAAAAUCCGCUUAGUGCCAUACAGCGGUCAUCCGCGAAUGGUCUGCCUACGAGUUGAAAUCGUCGGUUGUUAUCAUUACGAGGGUGUAAUCAGCUAUUCGGUUAUACAGGGUGACAUAAAAGAUGUCGGGUACGACGGUCGCGAAGAAGGCGGUGUUUUGAUCGGCGGCAUUGGUCAACUGUGCGAUGGCCGACACGGCGUCGACCAGCCGUUUGUGAAAAAAUACAACGAAUGGGUGGGUUGGAAAAACGACACAAUGGGAUAUGGGUCGUCUGUGGAGAUGACUUUUGAAUUUGACUCGGUCAGAAAUUUCACCGCAUUAUACAUGUACUCCAAUAACGACUUCAGACAAGGUGUUCAAGUGUUUUCACAUGCCAAAGCCUAUUUCAGCGUGGGAGGUGAACAUUUUUUCCCCGAACCUGUGUCCUACACAUAUCCGGCGGAUACCAUCAUGCCCGAGGCCAGAAACGUGACGGUAAAGCUGCACCAUAGGACCGGCAGGUUUCUUAAGCUGCAGUUGUUCUUCGCCAACAAAUGGAUGUUGAUCAGCGAGAUAUCGUUCGAAUCCGUGGUGUUACCCGGAAUUUGGCCUGUCGAAGAAGCGGAGGAUCCUCUUAUAUUUUUCCCCGACGACAAUAGCGUCAAGUCCAACGGCGGCAUCGAAAUACAAAGAGAUGAAGUGAAGUCACCCGACCAUAAAGAUGAGAGAAACACACCUGUCGGCGGCGGUUCGCGGCAGUCGAAAAACGGCGAGACCUUUAACAUGGACAGCAGUGUUGGCGGCAUCAGCGACGGGGUAAGCAGCAGCAACAACGGCGGAGGCGGCGGCGGUCGACGUCUGAUCGGCUUGUUGGUGGGCGCCCUGACCGCGGCUACCAUGUUGGCCGGUGCUGCGGUGGCGUUCGUGAUGGUCCGCAGACGGCGGUUGCUAUUGGACACAGUGGCCAGACGCCGGAGUUCGUCGUUCCAGGACUGUGCGGCCGACAAACCGCACCUGCCGCCACCCAUUCACCUGACGGAACUGCCGGUUCGAGUAAACGCCAACGGACAUGUGUACGGUCAGGUGGACUUGGACGACGACUCGGACAAAAGCAACAGCAAUUAUCAUAGGCCGUACGGCGGCGGUAGUGCUCGCCGUCCGUCGGUGCUUUUAAGUCCUGAUUACACAGACGUUCGAGAUAUUGUCGCCCAGGAAGAAUAUGCGAUUCCACAUGUACAUCAGCCAUCAAAAACCUUAACGGGGCAUCGCAGUCAGCUGUCCAUUCAUGAUGAAAUGUUACCAAAACACACUAUGGAAAAGUAUUAUGCUGCCUCAGACGUAUGUCAAAUUAACGCUCCACCGCCUCCACGUUCGCCGCCGCCAACCUCUUCGAGAUCGAGCAGCAGCAGAGGAGGAGGUGCCAGCAACGCAUCCACCUGUCCCCUGACUAGAUCCGAUGACACUCUGUGCCAGUUUCCCCCGGAGUUCCCCAGGGAUAACCUGAGUAUCAUCCAGACAUUGACUAAGACUCAUUUUGGCGAGAUUCAUCUCUGCGAAAUCAAAUCGUUCCCCGAUGAAUUGCUACAGAUGACGUCGGUGAAAUGUAAGCUGGUCACCGUCAAGUCCUUAAGGAAAGGAGUGUCAGAAUCCACUAAGCAUGACUUCUAUGAUGAGGUAGAAUCUUUAUGGAAAAUUCGAGAUCCGAACAUUACAAAAGUGCUGGGAUGCUGUUUGUCGGAGGAGCCGUUUUGCAUAAUUAAUGAAUUUAUGCAACACGGUGACCUCAACCAGUUCUUGCAAGAACACGUUGCUGUGACGGCCGCACCACUUCCUCCCUAUGCGAAGACUUUAAGUUACGGUUGUUUAAUGCAUAUGGCCACUCAAAUAGCUUCUGGUAUGAAAUAUUUGGAAGUGAUCAACUUCGUCCAUCGAGAUUUGUCGGCAAGAAACUGUUUAGUCGGACCAAAUUAUACGGUGAAAGUGUCCAACAUGAGUUUAAGCAAAAGCGUAUACUCGGCUGAUUAUUUCGACUUCGAAGGCCGACUUUCGCUGCCAAUCCGCUGGAUGGCCUGGGAAAGCGUACUACUGAACAAACACACGCCGAGAAGCGACGUUUGGUCGUUUGCAGUCACCUUGUGGGAGAUAUUGACGUUUGCCAGAGAACAACCUUACGAUGAGCUUAGCGACCAGCAUGUCGUCGACAACAUCACUAGACUCUAUCAAAACGACGUGAAUUUUGUUUUAUUGCCACAGCCGAUCAACUGUCCAAAAGAGAUUUACGACUUGAUGUGCGAGUGCUGGCAAAGAGACGACAAGAGUCGACCGAAUUUCCGGGAAAUACAUUUGUUCUUGCAGCGGAAAAAUUUGGGAUACAAACCCGAAUGUGACCCUUAGAACAUGUUAAUCGUCGGGUUAGGUUGGGUUUACUUAAGUACUAUUAUACGUUUUUUUUUAUUUAGGUUAACUCUAUUUAAGUCCAUAGUUCUAAUAAAUUGUAGACGUAUAAAUGUGUGCUGAAUUUCUUGCCGCAAUUAACAUUGUAUUUUUAUACACUUGAAUACCAUAUUAUAAUGUUUUUCAUUAUAAUAUAUUAUUAGUGUUACCUAUUAUUUAUUAUAAUUUUAUUUAUAAACAUACUUAUAAAUAAUUGAUUAUACUAAAACUAUACAUAUAAGUAAAUAAUAUAGGAAUCGAUCGAACAGCAUUGGUUCGAUUGGUAUUUAAUUUGUGUUUUUCAAUUUGUUUUUGACGUUAUAUCGAAUAUUGCUUCCAAGCAUAUUUUUAGGCAUUAUAGUGAGAUUGCGAUAAACUUUGUCAUUUAAAAUAUUAAGCUGUUGUUAGACACUAUAAUAUUGAAAUGACAGUUUAUAUUUAUUAUUGUUAUAAUAUAAUAUUAGUUGGGAUCAACAUUGAGUACUUAUUUUAUAAUAUUAACAAUAGUAUUAUUAUUAUUUUAAUUACCGACAUAUCCAUUUAUAACGACUUUUUUCUUUAAAACUUACACUUUUUAGUAGAGAUACAAUAAUUAGACGUGGUGUUUAAUCAUUAAUUAUGUUUUACAGAAAAAAAUUGUAACGCGUUAUUCUCGGUUAAUUAUUUAAAUAUUAAUUAUAAAUAUAAUUUAGCAUUAAUUCAUAGUUAUAAGACAGUUUUUAAAAUUAACAAAUGCAGAUAAUCUACCUAAUAUAUCCUAGUAUGCAACAUUGUAAUAGGUAACUAUUCAAAUAAGUCAAUGUAUUUUAAAACAACAUAACAUUAUGUUAUGCUGCCUUUAAAAAAAACCCAAUACAUAUUAUACAGUUCCAAAACGAAGUAGAAAACUGCUUUCAAUAAAUGUUAUUAUGUUAUAAUAAUAGUAGUAUUAUAAGUUAUAUUAUUCGUAUAAUUAUAAGGUUGGUGCUAUCAUAAAAAUAUCAUACGCCAUAUACUUUAAUGUGUAAAAAACUCGGCUUUUACACUUUUAAAAAUAUUAAUGUAAAAACAUUUGUUUUCCUUUCUAUCGGAUUUACCUAAUUGAUGAAAUGUUAUAAUACCAGCCAUACUAUUUAUUAAUGGGUAUACAUUUUUUAAAACCAGACGUUAAAUUUGUCCAAUGGUGCUUUGAAAUAUCCAUUUGGUCCCCUCGAAAUUCAGCUCCUUCCCAGUUUAUUUUUUUGUGUAUAAUGUAUAUGUAUAAUAAUUAUUCUUGGACAGAUUGACAGAUUCAAUUAUGUAUUAUUAAUGAACGUGUUAAGUUAUACACGGGGUUGUGAAUUUAAUGCACUAAAAACAGGCAUUGUAAAACAAAUAUUUAAAAUGUUCUCUAAAAAAAAGAAAUGGAAAAUAAAUGUUCGUAUUUAAAAUGAUGAAAUCACACACUUUAUUUAAAUACAUAUUGAAAUUUCUACUUUUAAAAUUGUAUGUACAGAGAUGACAUAAACAGUAUUGGGUAUUUUGUAAGUAUAAUUCGAUUUGUAGACAUCAGAAUAACAAAGAUUGGAUUAUCUGGUUAAAACAAUCUAAAAACUAAUACGGUAUCUACCUAUACGGGCUAAAAA